AGAAGUCUCUUCUAUAGGGGAGAAAUUCGUGUCUGUGCACAUCGCUUGCCUCACACUAUCAACUGCCUAAACGCUACCAUGCACGCCGUCCGAUCGCUUCUCCUGGUGCUCGCCAUCGCGCUGGCGUGUGCCGCAAGCAAUGUAAUCGAUCUCACCGUGGACUCCUUCGAACACUUGACGCAAGCGUCAACUGGAGCCACCACUGGCGACUGGCUUGUCGAGUUUUACGCUCCUUGGUGUGGCCAUUGCAAGAGCCUUGCCCCAGUCUUCGAGCAAGUCGCGGAUGAAUUGCAUGGGUCGGUGAAUGUCGCCAAGGUGGACGUGACAGAGAAUGCCGCCCUUGGAAAGCGCUUUGAUAUCAAGGGCUUUCCCACUAUCCUGUUCUUUCACAAGGGGUCUAUGUACGCUUACGAAGCCGCGCGUACGAAAGAAGCAUUGGUGAAAUUCGCACAGAGUGGAUAUGCAUCGAUCGCCAAAGUUACCGUGCCGGGAGUGCCCAGUGCAGUCGACGCUGUCAAGAAGGAACUGGAUGCCGUGCGCCUCGACAUUGUGCAAUUGCUCGUCACGAAAAAGAACGCCAUCUUGGCCAUAUUCGCCUCGGGCUUGACGAUCGGACUGCUCCUCGGAUGCUUCUGCAACUGUUUUUCGGGACGCCCAGCCGACUCCAAGCAAAAGCGCCACUAAGUUUGGUCGAUCUACUUGUGCUAGCGCCAUAGUAUUGCGAUCAUAUAUUGAGCAGUUAGUUGGCUUUUGGGGGUGCUGCUGUCGCGGCGUCG